AUUAUGCCGGAUAUGUCCACCGUGAAGUCAUUUUUGGAUACUUUGCAUCCAAUGCAAUAAUGAGGCUAGAUUAAUUCUAAAAACGCCAGACAUUUCUGGUGACGUCACGCGUGUACAUUCUCCCAAUGACGUUCCUUGAUUAGCAAUACGUCAACUAAGAACUAUUGAUAUAACCACGUGAAUUAAAUUAAGGUAUUCAUACGCUUCUAUUUUCAGAGGCUCUUUUUAGUUUAUAACGGGAUUAUUUACAUUCAGCAAGGUUUUGUUUGGCUUGCUAGCUAACAGAGAAGUCAAGGCCACCAGAGACCAUUUCGUUAACUUAUUCUAGCGACCGACAAUGGAAGGAUUUGGAAAGGCGCUGAUGUCUGGAACCCUUGUCCCAGCUAAUCCUGUCACAACAGUUGCUCUUCGACAGCCACCCGAGGAAACAAAGAAAACAAACCGAAAGGUUCUUGAUGAAGAAAACUACAUAGAGAGUUUAGAGAAGAUCAUCCAGAGGGACUUUUUCCCAGAUGUGACCAAGUUACAUGCACAGAAGGACUACCUCGAAGCUGAGGAAAAUGGGGAUCUUGGGAAGAUGAGGGAAAUAUCCAUUAAGUACGGGUCAUCUUUAGCCAAGUCCACACCACGCUCCACUGCCCCAUAUGUUACUCCAGCUUCCUUUGAGACACCAGAGGGUUGUCCUGAGUCUCCCUCUUCUGUACUGGGCAAAAACAAGAAAGGAACAGACGUGGUGGUGAACAAGGAAGGAGACGAGGAAGAGAAAGAGCUGCCCUGUCUUGAUCGCUUCUUGGCUAAGAACACAAGCGAGGAUAAUGCAUCCUUUGAGCAGAUCAUGGUUCUGGCAGAAGACAAGGAAAAGUUGAGGCAUGCGUGGUUGUAUGAGGCAGAGGCUGAAUUUAAACAGCGGCAUGAAGAAAACCUUGCACUUCCUUCAUCUGAGAAGCAGGCCCUUGAGUGUGUAAAGGCAGGACUGGAGACCUGGGAGUACAAAGCAAAGAAUGCCCUUAUGUACUAUCCAGAGGGUGUCCAAGAUGAUGACACACUCUUCAAGAAACCCAGGGAGGUGAUUCACAAGAACACUCGCUUUGUGGGAGACCCAUUCAGCAAAGCCCUUAACAAAUGCCAGCUUCAACAGGCUGCAGCCCUCAAUGCACAGUUCAAACAGGGUAAAGUAGGCCCAGAUGGCAAAGAACUUAAUGCCCAGGAUUCUCCUAACGUGAAUGGAUAUGGGUUUGAAGGAACUCCAUGCCCUUCCCCAGGUAUGGCUGAGUCCCCCCUGAUGACCUGGGGUGAGAUAGAGAGCACCCCCUUUCGCCUGGAUGGGUCUGACUCACCGUUUCAAGAGAGGAACAUCGGCCCAUCAUUUAAGAUUCCAGAACCAGGAAGAAGAGAGAGGUUGGGUUUGAAAAUGGCCAAUGAGGCUGCCGCCAAAAACCGGGCAAAGAAGCAAGAAGCAUUGCGAAAGGUCACAGAAAACCUGGCAAGUCUCACCCCAAAAGGCCUGAGCCCAGCAUUGACUCCUGCCCUUCAGAGGCUUGUAAACCGCACCUCCAGCAAAUACACAGACAAAGCUCUAAGGGCAAGCUACACACCAUCACCCACACACAGAGGAGCAGGCUCCAAGACCCCCCUGGGUGGUCCAGCCACUCCCUCAGGCACUCCGACACCAAGCAAAGCUAGGACCCCCGCCUCCCAGGACCCAGCAUCCAUCACAGACGACUUACUGCAGCUUCCCAAGAGGAGGAAAGCAUCUGACUUCUUCUGACUGGAGUAAAGCAAAACUGAGAGAGAACGGUUAUCUUGAGGAAGUGAACUCUUACAUGUUUAAAGCAAGUUGUCAUCAAGCAAAUUACCGGCCAUGUUUCUCUCUAACCCACCUCAGGCCCUCCCCCUGGAUUUUAUGGACUUGCCUUUUAUGGCUGGAACAGUCUGUGCACAAUGAAGGGCCGAGUCAUAAUACCAACUCUGAAUUCAAGGAUAAUUGGAAAACCUGGGUCAUUACUGUUUUUAAGGUGUUGGACAGAAAUGCAUAGUAUGUACUGUGUUAGAAACCUUCCAAGACUGGAUAACUUACAAUAUGUGGGAUCCAAAGAGAUGAUAUAAUUGUACAUAGCCUAGGCUGAUAUUUUAAUCUUGGUGAAUGUUACGAGGCUUUGUUGAUUUUUUUGUUUGUUAAUAUGUUCAAAUGUAAGCCUCUAUUGUAUGCCUUUUUCUGCAAUCUAAUCUUUCAGUCCUCAACCUAAAAAUUGGCUUGUUGUAAAUCCCAAAUGUUGACACUCAACUUUUGUCAUAGCAGACUCGACAUCUAAAAAUGUAACGAAAGUCUCUAUGGUUCAUCUUGACAAAUAUGUAUGUUCCAUUGAUUAUGAACUAUUCAAGUGGAAUAAAUCCAGGACUUCAACAUCAGGAAUCAGCAGGGAUGUUGUUCCUUGCUUCAGGGAAUUAUUUUUUCUUGGUGUGCUUCGAU